UCGGUCUCCCAAGCUCGGCAAGAUGGGCGACUGGAGCUUCCUGGGGGAGUUCCUGGAGGAGGUCCACAAGCACUCCACUGUCAUCGGCAAGGUCUGGCUCACCGUCCUCUUCAUCUUCCGCAUGCUGGUCCUGGGCACCGCCGCAGAGUCCUCCUGGGGAGAUGAGCAGGCUGAUUUCCGGUGCGACACCAUUCAGCCUGGUUGCCAGAACGUCUGCUACGACCAAGCCUUCCCCAUCUCCCAUAUCCGCUACUGGGUGCUGCAGAUCAUCUUCGUGUCCACGCCGUCUCUAGUGUACAUGGGCCACGCCGUGCACACGGUGCGCAUGCAGGAAAAGCAGAGGCUGCGGGACGCUGAGAGAGCCAAAGAGGUCCGAGGGCCUGGGGCCUACGAGUACGCGGCGGCCGAGAAGGCCGAGCUGUCCUGCUGGCCUGAAGGGAACGGGAAGAUCGUCCUCCAGGGCACUCUGCUCAACACCUACGUCUGCGCCAUUCUCAUCCGCACCACCAUGGAGGUGGCCUUCAUCGUGGGCCAGUACCUCCUCUACGGGAUCUUCCUGGACACCCUGCACGUCUGCCGCAGGAGUCCCUGUCCCCACCCGGUCAACUGUUACGUCUCGAGGCCCACGGAGAAGAACGUCUUCAUCGUCUUCAUGAUGGCCGUGGCGGGGCUGUCUCUCUUUCUCAGCCUGGCCGAGCUCUACCACCUGGGCUGGAAGAAGCUCCGACAGCGCUUCAAGUCGCGGCAGGGUGUGGACAAGCGCCAGCUCCUUGGCCCCUCCGCCAGCCUCGUCCAGGGCCUCACUCCUCCCCCCGACUUCAACCAGUGCCUGAAGAACAGCCCCGGCGAGAAGUUCUUCCGUGACUUCGGCAAUGUGGGCCCCUGCAAGAACCCAGACCCUCUGGCCACCGAGGAAGGGCCAGGCCAGCCGCAGGUUCCUGGGGAGGGCUUCAUCCACAUGCAGUACGGCCAGAAGCCCGAGGAGCCCAACGGAGCCUCCCCCGGCCACCGCCUUCCUCAGGGCUGCUACCACAGCGACAAGCGCCGCCUUAGCAAGGCCAGCAGCAAAGCGAGGUCAGAUGACCUGUCCGUGUGAUCCACCAGGGCUCUCAGGAGGCUGAGGCAGGGGCGAAGCAGUCCUUGGUGACCGCUGUGAUCCUUCUGUCCCGGCUCUGGAUGGCUUUGCUCAUCAGUCCUCAAAAUUACAGUUCCAAGAGCGUUCUUAAUGACAGGACUACUCCUCGGGUCCCGUCCCUCCUCAUCCUAUACCAGUAUUUGCUGAAUAGAGUGUGGGCAGGGACGGGAACCAUGGCCUGGGAGGACAGACACGAGGAUUUAACACCAGCAACACACCCCAGAGAGACUCCCACCCUGACCCCAAGUCUUGGCUUCUUUGGUACUAUGCCUAUCCUUUUUUUUUUUUUUAAAGGAAGCGACCAAGGUUGAGAGAAUUCAUCAAAUAAUUUGCAUUGUCUCGUUCUUGUAUCUUUUGUUUGUUUCCAUGGGUUAUACCCUGGAGCACUGGUGAGGUAACUGUGGGCUGCCAUUGGCUACAUCUCCCUCCUCCCAGCCCCUCCUCCCAGGGUAUCCUUGGACCUCCACCAGCCAUCAGCUUUACAAGUGCCUUGGUAUGUGCCUUUGGCAAACAUCUCGCGUUGAUGAUGUUGCCGUCUUUCUGCCAGGCUAGACACCCGGCUCAAAGGGUGCCAAGACCUCUAGGGAGUCACUGCACACACACACACCGCUGGAACCGCCACCACCUGUCACCCUGCAGUCCUUUAUGAUAAAAACCAUCCUCGCCUGUUCUCCCAGAGUUCCUCUAAAAUCUAUUAACAGGAACGGCUGAAGCCACCUUCCUCUCGUGGAUCCUGGCCAUGGGACCGGCCACCAAGUUCAGUGGAAUUUUCCCAGGAUUUAAUGAAACAAAGAGAGCAUUGUGCUUCUCAGGUUCUUCUGGGGAAUCCCCGUCCCCCACAAUUCUGCUGUGAAGAUGAAAACUGAGGGGUGGGGGGCGCGGAGAACACUAGAAAACUAUUUUCCAUCCUAUAUAUGUCUUCCACUGUCUGCCAACUUUGAAUGCAGAGUUAGUGAUGGGAGCUGAGGCCCCAGAUCUCUCUCUCAGAGGCAUCAAGGGGACAUGGAAGCAGGGAGGGAUCUCCAGCUGUUUUCGGCAAGGCCCUCAUCUAGUGCAAAGAUUCCCGUGUUUCCUUGGUACCCUUAGGAGAACUACGAAGGGGGACUGUAGAAGAGCCCUGCCUUCCUCAGGGUCUAGCCUGGGUCUCUACUGAAUGGACCCAUAUUAGUUGUCUUCCAUUUUUUAUGUAGAUGAAAAAUGCUCAGAAUUAGAUACCAAGACUUAUAAACACAUUGCUACAUUAAAAUCGAAGUGUGUGUGCAUGCUCGUCCAUCUGUGUGUGUGUGUGUGUGUGUGUGUGUGUGCACGCGAGCAUGAUAAUGCUGAUAGAAUGGUGAAGGAAAGUCCUAAAGAAUGGUAGGAAACUCGUAGAGAAACUUGGGUCUCCCUGCCUCAUUUUCAGUUGUCUGACGGGAGGGCCAAGCUUACAUGUUUAUCAGCCUAAGGGACAGGCAUGAGAAAUCAGUACAGGAGGGUGAAGUUCAGAGGUCAAUCUCUGCCUUCGUGAGCCAUCUUUGGGUCCCUCUGAUGGUAUGUGGAUGCUACUGAUGGUUAGAAAGGAAGAGGUGAAGAUUAUUUGGGAAAGAUUGGCUGGCUGUUCUAGCCUCAAAACAUUUCAUGCAUUACCUGACACUGGCAUUAAGAUUCUGUUUUUCUGUUCUGGUAUGUGUGUUUGUCUUCUGAAGUUAGUGCUUUUGAAUUAGCAAACUCUGAGGCAAGCCUUUGGUCAUGAGGUUUUCAGAAGAGAAAAAGAAAAUAAUAUGUGUGACUUAUCUGAAA